AUGUUUCCAGCCAUGAGAGUGAAAAUUACAGGCUUGGAUCCCCACCAGCAGUAUUAUAUUGCCAUGGACAUUGUGCCUGUGGAUAACAAGAGAUACAGGUAUGUGUAUCACAGCUCCAAGUGGAUGGUGGCUGGCAAUGCUGACUCCCCAGUGCCCCCGAGGGUUUACAUCCACCCUGACUCGCUGGCUUCUGGAGACACCUGGAUGAGGCAGGUGGUCAGUUUUGACAAGCUCAAGCUGACCAACAACGAGCUUGAUGAUCAAGGCCAUAUAAUCUUGCAUUCAAUGCAUAAGUACCAGCCCCGUGUUCAUGUUAUCCGCAAGGAUUUCAGCAGUGAUCUUUCUCCUACAAAACCAGUCCCUUCAGGAGAUGGGGUGAAAACCUUCAACUUCCCUGAGACAGUCUUCACCACAGUGACAGCCUACCAAAAUCAACAGAUCACCAGAUUAAAAAUUGACAGAAACCCCUUUGCUAAAGGUUUCAGAGAUUCUGGAAGAAACAGGACGGGGCUGGAGGCCAUUAUGGAGACCUAUGCCUUCUGGAGGCCCCCCGUGCGCACUCUCACCUUCGAAGACUUCACUACCAUGCAGAAGCAGCAAGGAGGCAGCACAGGCACCUCCCCGACCACCUCCAGCACGGGGACCCCGUCACCCUCUGCUUCGUCUCACCUGCUCUCUCCAUCCUGCUCCCCUCCAGCCUUUCAUCUGGCCCCCAACACUUUCAACGUUGGCUGUCGGGAGAGUCAGCUUUGCAACCUCAACCUGUCUGAUUAUCCCCCGUGCGCCAGAAGCAACAUGGCCGCCUUGCAGAGCUACCCCGGGCUGAGCGACGGCGGCUACAACCGGCUGCAGAGUGGCACUGCUUCCGCCUCGCAGCCCUCUGAAACCUUUCUCCCUGCACAAUCCCUACAACCUCUAUGGAUACAAUUUCCCUGCUUCCCCAGCAAGAUGGAAGCAUACAGCGGCCAGCUGGGGUCCUUCCCCAGCUCCCAGUUUCAGUAUGUCAUGCAAGCAGGCAACCCUGCCUCCACCUCCUCCUCUUCACACAUGUUCGGUGGCGGCCACAUGCAGCAGAGCUCCUACAACGCCUUCUCCCUGCACAAUCCCUACAACCUCUAUGGAUACAAUUUCCCUGCUUCCCCUAGGCUGGCGGCAAGCCCGGAGAAACUCACCACCUCCCAAAGCACUUUACUCUGCUCUUCCCCCUCCAGCGGGGCCUUCGGAGAGAGGCAAUACCUUUCCACAGGGAUGGAUCACGGGAUGCACAUGAUCAGCCCUCCCUCCAGCAACCAGCAGACGGCCAACGCCUGUGACAACAGACAGUACGGUGCGGUUCAGGGCUCCUCCUCACAGAUGUCUGUGCACAUGGUCUAACAAGCCGUGCCUCUCCUUGGCAUCGAAGGCA